AUGUCUGCCACGAUCGGAGCCGCACGCGCGUGCGCCUCUACAGUGCUUUUUCACAGCUUGCGCCUGCACGCCUUCCAGGGCGCGCUGCCGCAUGUACUGGUCGUGGUGGAUCGCGUGCCGUGUGUGUUGCAGAAGGUUGUCGCGGAGGGCUACCUGCAGGUGCUGCGGGAGUACGGGCGUCAUGGCGCAGCAUAUGUUACGAGCAGCCGGGACAGCGUCUUGAAGGAACGGACGGAGGCGUUGCCGGAAACGGCAGAUGACAGGGGAUCACUUCAGAGCCAUGACGGCGAGCUGUUCAUCCCUCUGGAACCCGGCGCAGAGACGCCGAGCGGGUCGGCGGGCUUUACUCCACGCGUUUCGCCGCCGUUGGUCGCCGUGGAUAACCCUGCUCCUCUCUCCUACUCCCUCAUGCUGUUUCGCAGCGACAACUUCCUGAGCCAUGUGAAGCGGCUGCAACGGUUCUUUCGCCACUGCGGUGACGGACAACUGCAGCAGCAGGGCGACCAGCAUAAGACGGAGGCUUCCGCUGGGGACGCAUCAAGAACGCCGCCGCCUCCGACCGCACUGCCGAGUGUUUGGACGGCAGUGUACUUCAAAGAAGAGUUCGAAGCUCUGUGCCCGCUGCUGGGACCACUGCUCUCGUCAAAGGGCGAGGCGGUCGAGGACGACGCCACCGGCGCGCAACCCCGAUGGCAGAUGCUCUUUCACGGACCGCCGCGAGAGCUCCUCGGGUGCGUCAUGGUGCAAGAGAACGCCUUCCAAAACGAGAUGAGGCGCUAUCGGCUUCGUCUGAGCCUGUUUGACCUCGGCAUUCGCGUUGCGGAGCACUGCCACCUGGGUAUCAUGAGCCAGAGAGCGGAUCGCUUGGCCGGUGAGGGCCACUUGAAGGAGGCGCUGCAGGACGACCAAGUGUACAGCUACGCCCGCUCGUGCGCUUUCGGACCCGAGCAUGCCCGGUGCCUCGCCAAAGCCAUCGCGGACUCAAUCGAUCUGUACAGCUGGCGCCGCUCUGGGUGUGCUGGCGGCGCCGCAGCGCGCGCAGCGCACGCGUAUCCGGCCUCCAUAACUGCCGCAUUGCAGAGUGAUGAGCUCUGGUCUAUCUUCAAUUCUGGCGCACUGAACGUCUGCGCAUCUGCGACGGCGGCUGAGCACACCGCCACGGAUGUCGAAGCCGCCUUACAGGAACCAAUCGAAGGCCCUGGUAUGCCACUCUUGAUUGUAUGCUGCGACGCAGCUAAGGUGCUCACCUACGGCGGCGGGAUGGAGGACUGUCUGACCAACACCGGGUACUAUGCUGCGGCCUACGCGCCGGAGCGCAACGAUGUCGCACGGCACCGUGAGCGCUUUCGGACGGCAUACAGCGAAGCGAGUGGCGGAGACGGCGAGAGCGAGAGGGACGAGGAAGACGCCGCUGCAACCCCCCCGGUGCACGGCCGCCUGAAGAAGAAGGAGUACCUCGCGGUGCUCAAGGCGAAGGGGCAGAGGCCGAACAAGCCCCAGCACGAUGGCGCCGAUGAGGAGGACGGCACUGUCUCCCGCAGCGUUCCUGCUGGCUCCUGCAUCUCCAACAGUAUCGGCGGCACCUUUCCCAUCGGCGAGGUCAUCAGCGAGUCGUUUGACCUCUCGCAACUCAGUGGCACGUGCGACGUGUUUGCGUAUCCUGACGUGUUCAAGAAGGUGACAAUGAGUCGCCCAGCACCGUUCACCAUGACGGUAGAGAAGGGAGUUGUCACGCACAUCAGCGACGGUGCCCCCAAGGAGUUCCUCGAUCUGCUCAGCCUCGUCCGCCAGGUGGAAGGCAAGUGCUAUGUGCGGGAGUUGGGCAUCGGCCUCAACCCGUACGUCGGGCCAGCCCACGUUGUGAGCGACGUGACGACGUUUGAGCGGCAGUGGGGCAUCCACCUCUCCCUUGGCCAGCGCCACCCUCUGUUCGUAAAGCAGCGUGAGCGGCGCAAUGCCGACGGCUCGGUGGCUACCGGGGUGCACGUGGAUGGCCCUGUCCUCAAGCGCAAAGCCGGCAAGUAUCACAUUGACGUGUUUGUGGACGCAGCGCAGCUUCGCAUUGGUGACAUGUUUGCCGUCGACUUCACCAAAGGUAUCACCGUCCCGUGA